AUGGUCCAUAAAACUGGUGUACACAAAUGCCCCGAAUGUCCCAAAACUUUUUCUAGGCUCGAGUACGUUACUCGUCACCGACGGGUCAAGCAUUUGGGAGUUCGCCCCUGGAGUUGUCAGUGCGGCGUUUCCUACGCCCGAAGUGAUCUGCUGACCCGACACAAGCGCAAGUGCAAUAAAGCAAAAAAAUCCAUCGGCUCUGGUUCGAACUACAACUUGGAUGAGGCUUCAGCUUCCCCUGUUUUUCCACCUCACAACGAUUCCAGUAGCAAGAUCGCCUUUGACCCCUCCGACGAUGAUAGCCAGCCGCCGUCUUAUCAACAAGCUAUUUCCGAGCAAGCACCUUUCGCUGCCAAUAUCAACAACACGACACAGCCUCAGUUACAAGCUUCAUCUCUUUCUCCCGAAUUGUCACACGGCGUCCGCACCUUACCUUCGAGACCCAAUGACCUUGCUCGUAUCGAGGAGGUAGAAACUAUCCUUCCAAACACAGCUCCCCGCGAAUUUAACCUCAAUUGCUCGGGCGAACAGGGGCUCAACUCUUUUAUUCCACAAGAUGAUCACGCAUUUUACGGUGACGAUGCGAGGGAGAAUACCGACCAGAGGGAAGAUGAAAACCUUCCCGCGGUUUCCUCAGCAACGGGCGGCUCGAUUGUGCCCCUGGUUAAGUUUUCUGAGCCCUCUUUUUUCAUUAGUGACGUGCCGAUAUCCUCAGCUUUUUAUCUCAACCCCGAGAUUUGGAUACUUGCCUUUUUAUGCCAGAAGUCACAAGGAUUUACUAUCCCACAUAUGGGAAGCUUGUCGCAUUAUCUAUCACGGGCUGCCGAAGUCAUGUGUCCAGUGAUCCCCAUGUUUCACGUCCCUACCUUGAGAGCCCCUCAAAUCUCUAUUCACUUGGGGUACGCCCUCAGUGUAUCCGGUGCGGCAUUGGAAAGCUCAGAGCAUGCAUUGGCGUUCACAGAUCAGUCCCUCUCCUACAAGCGCAUUUCGGUGCAAAACGACUUUUUACGUCCAGACCGAAGCUUCACUUUUAGGUUUGAGCUCCUACAAUCUUUGCUCACUUAUCAGUUUCUCGGCAUGUUUAGUCGUUUGGAAAUUCAGAGGCAACGGGCCGUUAGAUUCAGCCCGACGAUAGUAAGGAACUUCAGAGAGCUCGAUUUCGUUGACACCUUACGCGGUUCUCCGGAUUACGUACAGCUUGCCCUAUCUGGGCAGAUCCCCCUGGACGUUGCUUGGAAAUUAUGGGUGGAAUACGAGGUACGAAAGCGGACUGCGUUUUUGGUUCUGAUAUCUGCUCUCCAACUUCGUGGACCCUACGAAUCAGAGCUGAAACUGUCGGAGGCCAAUCUUCCAUUACCCUGUCAUGAAGAUUUAUGGACAGCGAAGAGCUCGGAAGAAUGGGCUCAAGCGGCUCGAAAACAUGCGAUGUGCUGCUGGCUAGACAACAUGCAGACGAGUGAGAGCUUUUUUGCUAACACAAACAUCCAGGAGGUCGCCGGCGAGCAAUCGAUUCCAUUGCUCAGCGAAGCGCUUGCUGCAUUGCACAUCUCCGACGCGACGAGCCAGACAAAGCCGCCCAUUCCAGACAUACACUGUGUGGGAACAAGCCGUCUCACUGUCCGCGCCGAACGACUAGGAUGCUUUGCCAAAACCGUGAUCUAUCAUGCCCGGGCAAUGACCAAUCAGGCCACCGUCAGUAUCCAUAUGUUAGAGCCGCCUCAGCUGAAUAUUUGA